AUAAUAGCUCUGCUACUGGAAACCGACGAUGCUUAAUAAAAUAUUCAAGAAUUAUAAUAGCUCGAUUUUUUAACGCAUCGACAAUGUUCCACGGAAGAAUAUUUGCACAAAAAAAUUAAGGUUGUAAUAGUGAUGAAGUACAAAUUAUGAUCUCGAAAAUAGUUAGAGUUCUGUGGGCUGGUCGUAUGAAAUAUGGUGAUGGACUUCAACUACAGGCACAAUUAGUCCAACAACAUUAUGACAAUAAUUUAGACCAGAACAUGCGCAAUACUUUAGUUCUAAUAGAACAUGACCCUGUUUAUACGAUAGGGAUUCGCAACAGAGGUUAUAACGAAGAGUAUGAGAAAAGACUAAAAGCUGUCGGAUCUGAGUUUUACAGGACAAAUAGAGGAGGAUUGGUAACGUUCCAUGGCCAUGGGCAGUUAGUGGCAUACCCUAUAAUUAACUUGAAACAAUUUCAACCUAGUGUUAGAUGGUAUGUAAGUGAAAUCGAGAAAAUGAUAAUUAGGUUAUGCGCAGAAUUCGGAAUUAGGGGUGAAACGUCCCCAGACACCGGAGUUUGGGUAAAUGAUAAGAAAAUUUGUGCAAUUGGUAUUCAUGGUAGUCGAUACAUCACAACUCAUGGAUUAGCUUUGAAUUGUAAUACGGAUCUGAAAUGGUUUGAUCACAUAGUGCCAUGUGGUAUCGAAGGCAAGGGUGUUACUAGUGUCAGUCAAGAGCUUAGAAUGGAUGUCUCGAUUCACGAUGUUAUUCCUGUAUUCUGUAAUGCGUUUAAGGAUCAGUUUGAAUGUUCCUUAAUUGAAUAUCCAUCGGAAGAAGUAUCUGCUCUCCUCAGGAGUUCACAUAAAAAUAUAUCUUUGAUUGAUUGAUAUAGAUUUGAUUUUAUGUACAAACUAGUAAGGCUACAUUUUUAUUUAUGUGAGAGGCUGUGCCUUUUUUGUAGUUUAAUAUACGACGUUACAGAAUCAUUAAUUAUUGACCGUAUUGUGUUCGAGUAUGUGAGUAAGUGUACGAUGUACGAUUUAAUUUUAUGUACAAGCUAAUGAGGCUACAGUUUUAUUUUCCUUGUACUUAAUUUUACUCUGCAACAAUAAAUACACUUGUAACGAAACGA